GUGAACUCGUACAGUAUUUCCUUCCUCAAGUGCACAUUUACAAUACGGCUGAAGCUGCCAAAAACGUAGGGUAAUUAAACUGAGAGUGAAUAAAGAGAGUGGGUGUUUACGGAGUUUAGAAGAACUAAAAUUUCCUUUUGUUGUUGUACUCCGGAGUACGUGACGGAAGAAUCGGCUAUUAACUGUGAAAGCUCGUCCGAAUCUGUUUUGUGGCUGCGAGGAAAGUCGAAAGAUAGUAUGGGAAAAUUAUAAACGAUGAAAAGCACUUACAGGUGUUCCUUGACGUUUCUGGCAUUUUUGUGUAUCUUAAAAGUAUGUGAACUGUGCUCAAAUGUUCGAGGAAGUCGUGCUUUCAAGGUUGUUGCAGAGGGAAGCAGUCUCCAGUUGAGCUGUGAAGUGCUACACUGUGGGGUCACUGGCUGGACUGGAGGAUGGGCUUUCCGGGAAAUGCCGACCACAGAAUUUACUUUCCUCACUCCCUCUGAACGAAUCGUCCUGUCCAAUUACAGCUCAACAGCCAAUAGCACACAUCUGUUAGUCAACAUUCACAACAUCAACCAGUCAGAUGCUGGAGCAUACAGGUGCAUGAUAACCUGGCCGGGACAAUCAACUAGCCCUGGGCACGUGACAAAUGUUACCGUGACUGCAGCAGCAGUAGACUCAUCGGGCAGAAACCUCUCUCAUAGAGUUCUGCUGUGUCUUAGUGCCGCAAUGUGCUUUCCUCUUGUUCUGGGAUUAGUUUGGUGUCUGACCCCAUCACCACCCCCUGUCCCACCUCGCUCCUACACUUCCUUUGCAGCUAGAGGGAAACAAAAAAAGGAAUUGGUGUAUGCAGAAGUGACAUUGAACAAGUCAAGGCGGCAGAAUGAUUGUCCAAAACAAGUGCCUGAGGCAACUGUUUACUCCUCUGUGCAUUUCUCCUGAACAGAAAGACUUCCAUCUUGCAUUUCUGUCUCUCAUGUGGCUGCGGGUAUUUUACUCAAUACCAGAACCAACAUGACUGUAAAUAUAGUGGCAAGACAGUUGCAAUGUUAGACACAACAAGAUUGAGAAGAUCAACUGACUUGUGAUCCUUUGAAAUGUGAAUGCUGCAAUGUUACACUUUGAUUUAUUUUAGCUGUAAUGUCAUAUUUGAUGGCAUUGAUCUUCCAGAGAUGUCUGUAAGAUGUGUUUUGUGUAUAAUGGAUUGUGUGAUUGUACCUGAAAUAAAAGGAGACAUAUCUGAGUAAAUGGCA